UUAUUUUCGGGUCUUGGGUAGGUUUUUCAAUGAGGGUGUAUUUCCCGCCAAUGUGCCAUUUACCUUUCCUAUUUUCUUAGCCAUCUAAACCCUAAAUCCCAAAUUCCCAAUUGUUCACUUUAAUCCCGUUCUUCGUAUUCACCUAGCGUUCUUGUAGCAUAAUUAGGAACUGUGAAGUUAAAUUUAAGAUUUUGCGGAAAAGAUGAGAGGCGGCGCAGUUCAGAUUAAUUGGCACGAUACUAAGCCGGUUUUGACGCUAGAUAUCAACCCUGUCACCGGCAUCCUAGCCACCGGCGGGGCCGAUUGUGAGAUCAAGCUGUGGACAAUCAGCUUGAGUGAAGACCCAAAGAAAGCUCCCGGAGUUGCAUACAAGACUAGCCUCACUUACCACAGUUCUGCCAUAAAUGUGCUUCGCUUUUCUCCUUCGGGCGAACAUUUGGCUUCUGGUGCAGAUGGUGGUGAGCUUUUGUUGUGGAAGUUGCAUUCAGCAGAUGGUGGUGAAGCAUGGAAAGUCCUGAAGACAUUAUCGUUUCAUCGUAAGGAUGUAUUAGACUUGGAAUGGUCUAAGGAUGGUUCAUAUCUGAUUUCUGGAUCUGUUGAUAACUCUUGCAUCAUAUGGGAUGCAAACAAAGGUUGUGUUCAUCAGAUUUUGGACGGACACUUCCACUAUGUUCAAGGAGUUGCUUGGGACCCAUUGUCCAAGUAUGCUGCAUCACUCAGCUCAGAUAGAUCAUGUCGUAUUUACAUAAACAAACCAUCUAAAACUAAAGGAAUUGAGAAGAUGAGUUUUGUUUGUCAGCACGUUGUAGCCAAGAUAGAACCACAGACAGUAGAUGAGGCUAAGUCUGCUAAAAGCCAUCUUUUUCUUGACGAGACACUUCCAUCAUUCUUCCGAAGAUUGUCUUGGUCACCUGAUGGAUCAUUUUUACUUGUACCCGCAGGCUCUUACAAAAGUUCCUCAGCUUCUGCACCAACAAAUACUGCUUUUAUAUUUUCUAGAAAUGAUCUUUCAAGACCUGCUUUGAUGCUUCCUGGUGCAAGCAAGCCUGUUGUUGCAACACGUUUCUGUCCUGUGGCUUAUAACUUGCGGGGUUUAACUUCUUCUUCAUCUACAUUAUUCAAGCUUCCGCAUCGCCUUGUUUUUGCUGUUGCCACUUUGAAUUCCAUAUACAUAUACGAUACGGAAGGUGUUGAACCAAUAGCAGUCAUAGCUGGAAUUCAUUAUGCAGCCAUAACUGACAUUGCAUGGUCACCAACUGGGAAAUUUCUAGCUUUGUCUUCACAAGAUGGUUACUGCACUCUCUUGGAGUUUGAAAAUGAAGAACUGGGAACUCCUUUUGCCACAUCAGAAGGAAAGAAUGUUCUCAAUGGUCAAGUCAAUGACGAUCAUAUUGAUGAAUUAACAGUGGAGCACUCCACUCCCCCCUGUGGUAGAACUGUAGAAAGUAGAAAAGUUGAAGAACAGACGGUUGACCGGGAGUCCACUUCUGCAGCUACAACUACUGAAGUGACCUUCAAGGCCGCAAAAAAGCGCAUCACUCCCAUGGCCAUUGAUUAAUAACAUUGACUUUUAUUUCUAGAAAUGGGAUUAGGUCUUUAACAUCAUUGAAGUUCCUGCUUCCCUUCUCCCACUCUAAAUAUAAAUAUAAUUAUUUUGUCAACACCUUGUUUUCAUUUAGCACUAGCAUCCAUAGUGUAUGGCCCAGAAGUUAUCCUACAAGUAGGGAUAGACCAGCUCCGGAACCCAGAAUUGAGCGUUUAAUGACCGGAACUGGAAUGCCUGAAUAGGAGAACUGGACUCCAACUGUUACCCAGAACUGGUUCAAAUCGAGCAUAAAUCCCAAAAUUGGCUGGUUUCGUUCUUUUAAUAUGCCAAUUCAGAAUCAGACUAGAUCCGGCUUGUGACUGAAGCUGGAUUUAGUGGUACUUGCUACAGUUAUAGAGCCCAGAGUGUGUCAAACUUGAAACAGACGGACCUGAACAGACGGACCUGAAUUAGAACAUGGAAAAAGAUAUUGAAUUCCACAACGCAGAGAGUUCUAAUUGUAAGGGAAAUUGUAUACUACUAAUCAAUCAAGUUUGAAA